UAAUGUGUUAAUAGUAAACAAAUUAGUAAAAUGUAACAAUAGAAGAAUUUGCGGAGCGUCUUUUUGUACAGUGCCGAGCGGAUAAUUACGACUUUGGAACAGGAAAGUUCAGCAUUACUGUGUUUAUAAAAACUAUUUACGAUGACUGAUCCAAUGCAAGUAUUACAAUGUGCUUUGGAGUAUGAACACUCUGGUGAACCUGAGGCAUCUAUUCCUCUUUAUCAAGAAGCAAUCCGUUUAUUUAGUGCAGAAAUGGAAAAACAACCUACUUUGGCCCGGCAAGAGUUAUACUUUAAUUUCAUACUUAAAUACAUUGAUAGAAUUGAACUGAUAAAGAAAAACCUUAGCGUAAAGACUAAAAAGAAUAAACCACAAGAAGUAAACACUAUUGAUGAGAACGCAUCGGAUAUAUAUAACAUAAUUCGUGCCCCAUUAGACCUUACAAUACCGUUCAAUGAAGGUGAAGUAGAAGAAGAUGAUGAAGAAAAUUCUUCAUGUAUUACAUAUUCUCCUGAAUCGGCAAAUAGCGAUAGGACUCUUAGUGGUUCUGACUUCAAUGAAUUAGAUUUUUUGGAUUAAAACUUCUCCUUAAUUUAUUUUCAAGCAAAAGAUAAAAAAAAUAUG